AUGCCGCCGCCGCCUGCAGCUACCACCGGUGCUCCACUCACCCAUCAAGAUCAAGUAAACGAGUUGAAGCCGAAAUAUCAAGCUGCUGCGAUCGCGAGAAUGGCUUUUGGUGAUCGAGUUGUCAUGGAUGAUACCCACUCAUUGGUAGAGAUGUUCAAUCAGAAAAUUCCGUUCACCAUUGAACAACUCGAAUUCACUGAGAAUAAGAUUCGUAUGAAUGGAGAAACUUUGGUCAUCGAGUAUGACGGGGACCAGAUCUUAGUCACUUCCAAAGAUCAAAUAAUAAGAUUCUUGGAUAGUAUGGAAGAUAUCCGUCGAAAUAUCAUCCGUUUGUACCUCGGUCGCGUUGGAACCACUGCGGAGAGCCUUGUUAUUUUGGACCCCAAACUUCUCGAGAACUUAAUGUACGGAUUCGAAGUGACAUUCUCCAUGUCAAUCAAAGGACAACUUGAGCCAGAGCACUGGGAGAAGUUGAAACUACUCACCGGAAAUCUUCAGUUUUGUACGAUUCUCUCCCCGGUCACACCGGAAAUUUUUGAAGUUCCAAUCAUCGCUGAAAGCAAGGGAAUCACUCUGUAUGGUGAGCAGCCGAAUGAAGUCAUUUUUGCGUCAAACAACUUCUAUUUCCUCAAUAAGGACCAUGUCCCGGCUGCCAAGCAGAUUCGGGAGAUUUAUGAGCACUGGAAGUCAAUCAAACGCCAAGAGGGGAUGUUCACCUUUGAGUGCACUCCAGAAGUCUACCAAGACUACAAAACCCAAUUCAAGACUUGGGGUCGUAACUACAAGAAGGUGCUUCUCUCUCGUGAUGGAAAGGCAUUCCGAAAGCUGAACUGCUUGGAUUUGCACACCGACAAACACGUUAUGCUGUUUUCGCAAGCAAUGGACAACUCGGAGAACCUACGAGUCUCCAUGGCCAUUCACCCAAAGGAUAUUAGAGACGCGGUCGCCGCCAUGUUCCAAAGAAUUUUCGGAUAA